UCCAUGCAUAUAUGAAUGUUAGCCCGCGCGCCAAACUUGGAGCGGCCGACUCGUAAUACGUCGCUGGAAGGUGGCCCCGUCCGUCCCCUAUACAUACCCCUGCGCGCCAUGGCCGCCAUAGUCCAGUACGGCAAAGCUCGCAGCUAGCCACGUAGUGCGUUGUCUCCCUUUCUCCAACAGGGCCGAGAGAGCAAUGGCGCACAGGGUCCUCGAGCUGACGCUGGUGUCGGGCCACAGCCUGAUGGACGUCAACGUGUUCAGCCGCAUGGAGGUCUACGCCAUCACGUCCGUGCUCGGCGACCCUCGCACGCGGCAGCGCAGCAAGACCGACCGCGACGGCGCCAGGCACCCGACGUGGGACGACACGUUCCUGUUCGCCGUCCCGCCCACGGCCGCCAAGGCCUCCGCCGCGGGCGCCUACCUUCACGUGCUCCUCCGCACCGAGCGCCUCUUCGGCUUCGACGACCGCGACGUCGGCGAGGUGUUCAUCCCUCUCGCCGACAUGCUCGCCUGCGCCUGCGUCGGCGGCACCGGCCCGGCGCCGCGGUGCGCGUCGUACCCGGUCCGGAAGGUGCACUGCACCGAGAACCGGGGCAUGCUCACCGUGGCGUACCGCUUCGGCCCCGUGAUGGCGCCGCUGCAUCAUCAGGACAAAGAGCUGUGCUGGGACGACGCCGUCGCCGAGGUGGUGGGCUACGAGCUGCCGCCGUGGCAUUACUAUCCUCAGGUGGUGGGGUACGCGCCGGAGGCGGCGGUGCCGCCGCGCUAUCCUCAGGCGUGUGCUCGCAUGCCACCGGCGCCCAAGCCAGCUGCAGGCUGUGGCGCGGCCGCUGCGUCGCCGGCACAGAAGAACUACGUAAGGAACGGCAGCUUCGCGCUGGGGCUCGGCGCGGGGCUUCUCGGCGGAGGCUUCGGCGGGAUGGUGUUCGGCGAUCUGCCGCCGUCGGACAAGACGGCUCAUGACUCCGGGUACAAGCCCACGGCCGACGGUGCAGGGGUCGCCUUCUGAAAACUUUGCAUAUUCAUAUUAUCAGGAGACAUAAUAUCUAAAUAAGUAGGUCAAACUUGAAUAAAAACUGGGCAUAUUCAUCAGGAUCGUGAAAUGCACACGGUCUAGCUAGCCUGUAGUCUACUUUGUCUGUACUGUGUUGUCAAUUUACGUGCUGUUCAUUGCAGUAUAUAUACUUGCUUAAUCGAUCGAUUCCUUUUUUUUGGAGUGAUGAA